AUGGCAGGCACGGUAAUAAUCACCGGCGCAACCGGCUCACUCGCUCUUGAAGCUGUGCACCAAGUUCUAUCGACGCACCCCUCGUUGACAGUUAUUGGCACUGUCCGAAACGCAACCAAGACUCCCAAGAGCCCUCAAUUACUUCGUCUAGAAGGACUUUCCCGCCAGAAUCCAUCUAGCAAUCUCCUAAUCAAAAGCGUGGACCUGAGUUCUCUUUCAGAUGUACGAGCUUUUGCGAACGAGAUUGCCGGUCUGGUAGAAAAGAAGGAACUUCCACCCAUUUCAGCCAUCAUCUGCAAUGCAUUUACAUGGUCGCUGGACGGUCAGCGGCUUUCCAAGGACCAGAUGGAAAACACUUUCCAGGUCAACCAUCUUUCGCAUUUCUUACUGGUCCUCAAACUUCUGCGAAGCAUGGACCCUGAGAACGGCCGUGUGGUCCUGCUUAGUUCUGUAGUCCACGAUCCUGAACAUUCAAACCCUCUCGCCAAACUUGGCGCCGAGCUUCCUUCAGAUGACAACCUGGAUUCGCUGAUCAAACCUGACCCCGAUGCCGCUGGAACAGAAUAUGACAUGGGAUGGCAACGAUACGCAAACAGCAAGCUUGCCAACGUCAUGUUCAUGCACAGUUUGAAUGAACGUCUUCAGCAGAACCCGCGACUCAGCAAAAUCACGGUGACGGCUAUGGACCCCGGUGGCAUGGUCGACUCUCGGGCACAUGAGGUCCAGCUUCCAAGCACUCGUGUCGUGUUCAAACUGUUAAGCUUGUUGCUUCCGGUCAUCAAGCUUUUCACUUACAGCCUUCGAUCGAAUGCAGACUCCGCUCGUGAUAUCUUGGCGCUGGCUUUGGCUCCAGGGUUUGCAUCGGUCAGGGGCCAUUUCAAUGGGAGGGAGCCUCAGGCUCCUGCUCUUGCUAGCGAAAAUGUAGCCAAACGCGAAGUGAUCUGGAAGGCUUGUUGGGAAUGGGUUGGUAUCGAAGAGGACGAGACUUGUGUUCCCAAGACUUAUUCUGAAGAGCUUUAG